AUGGACGACUUGACGUUUGGUUCACACAGAUUAGUUCACCUUGAUCUCAAAGGAGCUCCUCCUCGAGUUUCUUACUUUGAAAAGUUGUUUCCUCUCUUGAGAACAUGGGGAGCAACAGGAUUACUGUUAGAAUGGGAAGAUACAUUCCCAUAUACUCGCGAGUUGACAAGAAUUGGAAGCAAUGGACCCAGCAGUUUAGGCUGUGGAUAUACAACCCAAGAAGCCCAACAAAUUCUUCAGAUUGCUGGAGAUUGUGGUUUAGCUGUUGUGCCUUUAGUCCAAACUUUUGGUCAUUUAGAGUUCGUUUUAAAACAUGACGAAUGGAGGUCACUCAGAGAAGUAGAAAAUUUUCCCAGUUCUAUUUGUCCAUCAAAUCCUGGGACAUUAUCUUUAGUAAAAUCGCUUAUUCGACAAAUAGUAACUUUUCAUCCAGACAUUCAAUAUUUACAUAUAGGUGCUGACGAAGUAUGGCAUUUAGGUCUUUGCAGUGUAUGCACAAAGCGAGCUAGUUUAAGUAAGCAUGGAAAAUCAUCUCUCUACUUAGAACAUGUUAUGGCGAUAGCUCAAUACAUCAAGGAAGUGUAUCCUUCUAAAAUCAUCAUCUGGGAUGACAUGAUGAGAUCAAUAGACUCACAGGUUUUGAAUGAGUAUUACGUCGGUAAAUAUGUUGAACCGAUGAUAUGGCAUUACAAUUCACGUGAAACAUUUUCCUUAUCACAAGAGCUUUGGACAAAAUUUAGUUCUGUCUUUCCUAAUAUAUGGGCUGCAACAGCUUUUAAGGGAGCUACGGGUUCAUCAAGGCAAAUUCCAAUUAUUAGUCAUCAUAUCAGUAAUCAUGAGAGGUGGCUGGAAGAGUUAGGAACACAUGUCAACAAGAUAAAUGAAUUUCGUGGCACAGCUUUCACUGGGUGGUCUAGAUACGAUCAUUAUGCAACAAUGUGUGAGUUGUUACCAACAGCGAUACCAUCGUUGGCAUUAUGUUUAAGGGUUUGGCUACAUGGUUAUACAGAACAAACGCACAUGCAAGUCGCUAAGAGUUUAGGGUAUAUUGAUCACCCGUUGCACAUUAAUCCACAAAUAAGGCCAGCUCCUAUUCCUAGCAAUCUUUCAUAUCCUGGAUGGCAGUUAACUGGCGGCAUUGAGUGGUUUUUAAAUUUUAAAACCAAGUUUGAUAACACUGUUAAUAGUGAACAAAUAAUAACUUGGAUGAAUCCUUGGCAAGUUUCAAAUAAUUAUACCAAUCCUAUGCAACUUGAAAGUUUAGUUCCCGCAUUUACUGACAUGCUUCUGGAAUUCUCUUCAUUAGAGUCUUAUUUGAAAGUAAAUAUGGAAGCUAUAUACUUCACACCUACCAUUGACGAAUGGAUGGGAACACAUCUUCAGCCGAUGAAAAAUAAGUUGUUAGAAUUAAAACAAAUAGCAGAGAACCAAAUAAAAAUAAAUAGUCGUGGUUGAGACUUUUGAGCUGAUUUUUGAAAGACUGAUGAGAAAAUAUUAACUUGUUUUUACAUGCGCUGUGGAAAUUUUUUACACUUUUUUAUUUAUUAAAAAUUUAGUUUUGUUAUGAAAAUUUUUAAAUCGUGUGCUAAAAUUUUGUUGCAAUGAAUUUCAAAAAAAUUUCACUCAGUUUUACCAAUGAAAUAUUUAAACAAUGGAGCUCCUUAGGAAUUCCGUCAGAAUUAAUAUUUUGUACAUGAGUUAUUUCGGUAAUUUAAUUUGCAAUAUAUUUUCAAAAGUAUAUUCUGUAUUUAAAAAAUUGUUGUAAAAGAAUCUGUUAUCAUACGCGUAUCGUUCACGUCUAUAACGGCGUGUGUAAUACUGAGUUAAUUAUAUAUAAUGAUCUCAUUAUGAAUGUUCCAAAUCAGCAGAUAAUAUUUUAUUAAUUGUAAAUAAUCAUUGUAUCUAUAGAAAUUAUUUAAAGUCAGAGAAUAAUUUUAUAGGUUGUCUAUAAAUAAUGCA